AUGAGUACGACGAGUGAAGCAUUAAAGAAUAUAAAGAAUAAACAAAGAAGGCAACAAGUAUAUACAAAUAUAAAAAAACAAAAAGAUAAAGAACGUCAUAAAGUAAGAGCAGAAAGAGCAGAAGAAGAAAGAUUAAAUCCAGAAUUAAGAGAAAUUAGAAUUGCUCAAAAUAUACCGGACACAAUAGAUUCUAAAAGAAUAUAUGAUGAGACAAUUACUCAAGAAAUUGAAGGAAAUGAUGAAUUUGAAGAAUAUUUUCAAAAUUUAACAAAAGAACCCAAGAUAUUAAUAACUACAUCUAUUGGAGCUAAAAAACCAGCUUAUGAAUUUGCAGAUAUGUUAAUGGAUUUUUUACCAAAUGUAACAUUUAUAAAAAGGAAAAAAGAAUUUGAUAUAUAUCAAAUGUCAGAAUUUUGUUCAAAUCGAAAUUUUACAACUUUAAUGAUUAUAAAUGAAGAUAAAAAAAAAGUAACAGGAUUAACAAUAAUAAAUUUACCAGAGGGCCCAACAUUCUAUUUCUCAAUAAGUUCAAUAAUAGAUGGUAAAAGAAUAAAAGGUCAUGGUAGAGCAACUGAUCAUAUACCAGAAUUAGUAUUAAAUAAUUUUAAUACAAGAUUAGGUAAAACUAUAGGUAGAUUAUUUCAAUCAAUUUUUCCACAUCAACCAGAAAUUCAAGGUAGACAAGUUAUUACAUUACAUAAUCAAAGAGAUUAUAUUUUUUUAAGAAGACAUAGAUAUGUAUUUAGAAAUGAAGAAAAAGUUGGAUUACAAGAAUUAGGUCCUCAAUUUACUUUGAAAUUAAGAAGAAUGCAAAAGGGAAUAAGAGGUGAUGUUGUUUGGCAAUUUAAACCUGAUAUGGAAAGAGAUAAAAAGAAGUUUUAUUUAUAG